UUUGUCCUUCAAAAUUAUUUUUACUAGACCAAGUAAGUUAGUAACUGAAGCUGUGAGAUUAAUGAAGCUGAAUAAAAGGUAUUCUGUUCAUUAGAUAUGUAAAACACUUUAAACAUUUCACUCACUACUUUAUAUGAAACGCAAUGCACCGACUUACACAGCACGUGUCACUGUUUAAAGGUUAAUAACGGAGACACCGCCUGGGGCGCUGUCGUGGAUACUACAGGGUUUUGUGCUGAGACGUGAAGGUGAAAGGUCAGCCUGUGUCACGUGUCAUUGGGCUGUCACCUCACCGGUGCCACUCCACCCGACCGGCUGUUGCCGUUACACACGUUGGUACCCGAGCAGACCUCAACGCUAUCCAAGUGAAAAAUGGCCAAAAAGCGGAAGGAAAGACGAGAGAACGACGGUUUGCCCUCGACACAAGAGGUGAAGGCGAAUGCUGGUGCCUCGGAAGCACUGAAAGAGGCUCAGCACACUGAAGGCGGCUCUGCACGCAUGUCUCUCCUGAUUCUGCUUUCUAUCUUCACCUUCGCGGCCUCAGUCAUGUACCUGGUCUACAGGAACUUCCCAGAGCUUCCUGAUGAUGAAAUGGAGAAAAUCAAGAUCCCUAAAGACAUGGAUGAUGCCAAAGCUUUGGGAACCGUGCUGUCCAAAUACAAAGACACGUACUACUCCCAAGUGUUGGUGGCCUACUUUGCGACAUAUGUUUUCCUGCAGACAUUUGCAAUCCCUGGAUCCAUCUUCCUCAGCAUCCUGUCUGGAUACCUUUACCCGUUCCCCUUGGCUCUGUUCUUAGUCUGCUUGUGCUCUGGCCUUGGUGCUUCCUUCUGCUAUAUGCUGUCAUAUCUGGUGGGCAGACCCAUUGUCUACAAAUACCUCACAGAGAGAGCACACAAAUGGUCCCAGCAGAUUGAAAAACAUCGAGAUCAUUUAAUCAAUUACAUCAUCUUCCUGAGGAUAACCCCCUUUCUUCCCAACUGGUUCAUCAACAUCACCUCACCGGUCAUCAAUGUGCCUUUGGGGGUUUUCUUCAUCGGUACCUUUCUUGGAGUGGCCCCGCCAUCCUUUGUAGCGAUCAACGCGGGGACAACACUGUACAAACUGACCACAGCUGGCGAGGCCGUGUCCUGGAACUCUCUGGCUGUGCUCGGUGUACUUGCUGUGCUCUCCAUCUUGCCUGUGUGCUUCCAGAAAAAGCUGCAGAAGAAACUAGCGUAGAACAUGAAACACCUCAGCACCUCAUCUGCUGGCUGAUCCCCGGCGUCACCUCCCCCCCCUCGGCUCAGGAACAUGAAGCUGUCAUUCAAGUUGCUGAGGGGGGGGGGGGGGGGGGGGUUCCUGGUGUUACGUGUAAACUGGCCGCUGCUUGCACAACUUUUUUGGUUUCUGUGAAUAUUGUUGUGUUUGUGGCACAUCUUUUAAAUAAGAUAAAUUAGAUUUUUGUUUUUGUUGAAGGCUCUGCUCAUUAUUUGAUGCCAGAUAAUUAAAGGUGCUACUUGUGGGAUGUUGGCGUAAAACUCGUAAUUCUGGUUUCUCUUUUCUUGCUAGAAAUUGGGGAAAAAACCCGAUGUAAUCAGUACCCUGUUGAGGCUGGUGCAAACAUCUGUCUGUUUUUCUGACUGGAAUCACUUUUGCUAUUACAUUUGUUUUGUCAAAAGCGUAUGAAUUUCCUGCAUCCUCUUUGUAGCAUCUUUAACUUCCACUCUCUUUUUGAUAUUUAUUUUAACAUGCUCGUGUCCAAUUUCAACCUAAUGACGUGUACCACCACAGCAAUAACUGUCACACACAUUUUGAAAGUGGAUUUUAGUUUUUAAAAAGUAGUGAUACCGGUGCUUGCCUUUGGCAAACAUGUGCAAUGAGGAAAGAAUGAAACUGGAGAAGAAACGUGUGAUGGUUGAUCUUGUUGACAUGAGGGUGAGUUCCUGUGUUCUUCCUUUGGAAGGUGCUCCACACACAUUUUCAGCAGUUCCUCUUCACAUUAGCAGCCAUCGUAACUUGUAGAGAAGCUGAUGUAAUAUUUCCUAACCAGGAUGCCGAACUCCAAAAGAUUCCCUAUUUGUAAUGAAGAAGUGAACAAAGACUGUCAACACAGCUGAUUUAUGUGGACUAAGAUGUAAGCAACCCAGAAAAGCCAAACGGAAUCAUCUUGGUUUGUAAAUCUGAAAAAUCACGGAUGAGAUGGGUUCUCAAGGUUUGCAUAAGUUAAUGUGUGUUCAUCUCCACCCAAUAAUGUUUGCCAUGCCAGUAUGGAAAUGUGAGCUGCUGUCCAUACUCUGGAUGAUACACCAAUGUUCUCAAUAAGACUAACGGGCUGAGGUUUCGAUGUCUUACCCAGCUUUUUACCGCUUCCAUUCUUCGCCAGGUGAACUGUAUUAUGAGGCCUGAUUUAUGUUAUUUGUGUUCUUUAAUUGUUCUUCGAAUGGCGAUUGUUGUGUCCUGUGCAAUGAAAGCAAGUUGUUUUUGUUUUUUUUGCCGGUUUACCAAGGUAACUUAUUUCUGCUGCUUAGAAAUGCUCUGGAUGGUUGAUGCAGUGAAUGUACAUGCAGGUAACUUAAUCGAUUUCUUUAAUCUCUUAAAAAUAUCAUAUUCAUAGAAGCAGUUGGUUUGGUGUAUUUCCUGUUUUUACUUCAAUGUCAGAUUUACUGUGUACUACUGUGAGAUUAUUAACCGCUCAAACAGAUACUUAAACAUCAAUUUAUGUGAAACUGAACUGGUUGUGUAUGAGCACACCGAUGUCUUAGCAUGUUCUCCUGUCAUAGAUUUAUCUGAGGGGUGUGUUUGUACAAUUGAGGUACAUCGUCUUGGAAAAUGCAUCUUCACUAAGGCGUUUAAAUCGAAUGGUAAAUGCUAUAAAUUUCUCCAACAAUCUUAUUUUUUCUCUCAAUACUUAAACAGGAGCGUGAUUAACUUCUUUGAAGUUGUCCACAAUGCUGAAUUUGACAAGACAUUGAAGAUGCUAGAUUUUAAUGAUUUUUCUCUAUUUUGUACAAUAUUUAAAUCUAAUCCUAUUCUAAACUUCAUCCGACACAUAUAGUCAAAUUGGAAAUAUUGUUUUUUUGUCCUAUUAAAGAUAUAGUAAGAUAAAUGUGUAACCCUCUCACAUUUCAAAAAGUAUUAUUUUGUUCUGAGAAGUGAUUUAUUGCAAUAUGAAGUGUUUGCAGAUUGCACAUUUCUGUCCUAUCAUCAAAUCUAUGUUCUUUUAUAUUUAUUGAAUUAUUAAAAUAAUCUUUACAGAA